CAAACCCCCCCCCCCCCCCCCCCCCGGAUAAACAAUGGCUCCCACUACAGGGCUGCGCGAGUCCCUCGAGAGGGACGGAUUCGUCGUGAUACCACAGGCCCUCGGCUCAGGGCAACUGGCCAAGCUUCGCGAAGCAGCCGCCGAGGUCGAAAAGCUCGCUCGCGCGGGCGGGUGGCCUCAUAUCCGCACCGUCGGGAAGCAGUUUCCCCCGUGGCCAUCCAAGCCCAACGACGAAGAGGGCGGUAUCUGGGGCGUACAGAGUUUGCUGCAUCCAGACAUGCCUGGCCGGGAUGAGUUUGCGCGGCUGUACUUUUCGGAAACGAUACUAGGUCCUGCGCGAGAACUGAUAGGCGAGUCCGGGGAUCAGGGCUGCAGCGAUGAGGACCUGGUCAUGGAGCUGCUCAACAUGCUGGUGCGUCCGGGCAAGGCGUUUGAGCUGCGCUGGCACCGCGACGACAUCGGUCCCGACGCGACGGACGAGGAGGAGCUCAGGAGGCUGUCGGAACCGGCGUGGCAUGCGCAAUGGAACCUGGCGCUGUGGGAGGACGAAAGCCUGAUCCUCGUGCCUGGAUCGCACGCCCGCGCACGAACCCCCCAGGAGCGGUCCGCCGGUCCGUACGAGACUGGGCUGGAGGGCGAGAUUCGCGUCAGGCUACAGGCUGGCGACGUUGCAUUCUACAACAACAACGUCUUCCACCGCGGUGCCUACGAUCCCACCAAGGAGCGCCUGACGAUCCACGGCUCGGUGGGACACGUCCGUGGGGGCCAGCUCAGGGCGAGGAAUGUGCUCCAGCAUGGUGUCACAUGGAUCGACCGCUGCGACUUCAAAGAUGCACUUGGGUCUGAUCAGCGCAUUCUUGAUAGAGCAGAAGCCAUGCGGGAGCGUCUUAUCCGUCUGGGAAGGGAAAGCGGCGACGUCGGGUAUUCGUUGAGUGGCUGACAAGACACGCGCAGACAUAUUCACAAAACUGUAGACGACUGGCUGACUGGAACGGUUGCUCAAAUCAUGACUUGUUGUUGUUGCUUGCAUCCCCUUUCCACCUCAGCACCCUCUCGACUCCAUUCCUCCUCAUGGCCGUGUCACAAAGCCAUUCGUCCCCACACUCGCACACGGCUGGGUUGCGAACCCAGCGGAAAGUGAUGGAAAAACGUUCACCCCGACGGACAACCUUGUGUGACACUCCAUCACCACUCGAGUCCUCAGGGGCCGGAAUUAUGAGACGGUCGUUCUUGCGCUUCUUGAUGCCAUGCUGAAAAUGAUACUGGCUGUCGCCAGACAUGUUAUACAGGGAGCGCG